GCCAUCAUUUCCCAACCGACCUUUCGAGAGCCAUGUCGUCCGCCCUGAAGCCGGAUCUCGCGUCCGCCGUCGCAGGCCUCCACGACCUCGUCAUGAGCAUGGAGUCGGCCAGCGUCUACGUCGACGGCGCCAAGAAGAAGCGCAAGCUCAAAAAGUGCAUCGUGCAUGGCUGCGCGAGCGGCGCCCGCUCGAAAGGCCUCUGCAAGGCGCAUGGUGGUGGCAAGCGCUGCGGCCGCGAUGGCUGCAACCUCAGCGACCAAGGCGGCGGCUACUGCAUCCGCCACGGUGGCGGCAAGCGCUGUGAGCAAGAGGGCUGCGACAAGAGCGCGCAGUCCAAGCGCUUUUGCAAGGCGCAUGGUGGCGGCGUGCGCUGCGACGUUAAAGAUUGUAUGAAGUCGAGCCAGGGCGGUGGCAAGUGCCGCGCGCACGGCGGGGGCCCGCGCUGGAUGCGCUCCAUGUCGGCGAGCGAGACGUCGAGCACGUGCACGACGACCGGCACGGAGACGCCGCCGCGCCAGCCGUCCAUGAACUCGCGCCUGUCGCUGUCUGUGAUCGACAAGAUCAAAUCCAAGAACCUCAAGACGAUCCACAACAUGUCGCCGCUGCGCAAGGACACCUUGUCCAACAACAUUAACAGUCAUGGCGGCAACGGCGUGCCGGAACUCAAGUCGCCGAUGGAGAUGAUGCCGUGGUCGCUCCCGCCACUCUCGGUUGCGCUCAAGCAAGAAGGGUAUGCACCGUCACCGAACAACAAUGCGUCGUGCAUCUACCCCACGUGCAAGCACGCGUCCGAGCGCCUCGGGUUCUGCACGUUCCACUCGUCGCAGUUUUGCUGCCAAGUCGCGGGCUGCGCCGAGAAGCGCCUGCGCGGCGGCAACCUCUGUGCGACACACAACUCGACUGCGAACUUGGCAAAGUGCUUGCUCCAUUUGAUCAGCGACUAAGUCGACGACGCGCGCCUCUAUUUAAUCCGUCGACCUCGUAACUACAUUUCCUUUACCAUGCGUC